AUGAUGAAAAGAAGAUGAAUUGAUGAUGGAAUCAGAAAAACAGAUUCCGGUUCCAAAAAGAGUUUCCAUCAUUUCAUUCAGUUGAUUAAGUGUGUUUUUCUCAAUGAUUAUUACGAUAUCGAUAGAAAAAGAUUGAGGAAAUAGUGAUGAAUAAGAACCAUGGAAGGAAUAAGAAAUACAAUUUGAACAAAGUAAAAGGCCUCAGGCUGUUAAUGAAAACAUCUCCUUCGAAUAUCAUCAUGGAGAUGACCUUAUCUUCAAUAGAUAAUAAAUAUCAAUAACUGUUCUCCAUUAAUUGAUAUUUUUAAUCACCAAUUUAAUCUUCUUGUUGACGAUCUUCAACGUUAAUCUAUUAUAAUACAUGAUGGAUAUUGAUUAAAUCCAAUUGAAAUCCAAUUCCCAACGCUAAAACAAACAAACCUCUACAGAUAAAUACCCAAAUCUUAUCUCGAUCAAAUUAUUUUCGAGUGAUUGAAGCUCUCAAUUAAGUAGUAACAAUCAACCUAGAGGUCAUGAUAAUUUACUUUAUUAUUAAUUGUCAACGUUCAGUUUAUAACUUCAAUUAGAAAUUAAAGAGUGUCAAUCAUCAAUUCUUUUCAAUGGACUUCAAAAUCAACUUUCUUUUCGCAAUUUAUUUCAUAUCGAUCUGUCUGUCCACCGCAAUUAACUCAGAUGAUCCUGAUUUACACCGAUCAACCGUUGAAAUAAUUGAAUCAAGAGGUUUCAUUGCUCAAGUUCAUCAAGUGAUUACCAAGGACAAUUAUCAUCUAACUGCUCAUCGAAUCGUUAAUCCAUUAUGUUCAAAAGGCGAACCCGUUUUACUUCAACAUGGUUUACUUUCAUCUUCAAUUGACUUUGUUAUUAAUUCACCUGGAGGUGAUUUAAACAAUUUACUAAUCGGUAAUCGAAGCAUCAAUUUAAAGAAAGUUAGCCCAUUUAAAUAUCGAUCAUUGGUUCGUAAGCAAAGGUCAAAUUCAACAAUCGGUAAUAACAUUGGCUUCGUAUUGUCAUCACUUUGCUACGAUGUUUGGAUGUCAAAUUCACGAGGAAACAUUUACUCAUUUAAUCAUCAACAAUUUAAUUUGAGUGAUAAAAAAUUUUGGAAAUUUUCGUUUGAUGAAAUGGCUCAAUAUGAUUUACCGGCUUAUAUUGAUUACAUAUUAGAGACAACAGGUUACAGUAAAUUAAGUUACAUUGGUUUCUCCCAAGGAACAACCCAAAUGUGCCUUUUAUCAACAAACACUUCCUAUUCAUCGGUGGUCAAGCCAUUUAUCGCAAUGGCCCCAGUGGCCUCAGUAACACAUAUCAAGUCGCCGCUGGUUAAAGCCGCUUCGGAAACAUCAUUGGUAAAGGAUUACCUAAGAUCUCAAGUUGGUCCAUUUGUUAUAUCUGAUUCAACUUUCCAAUUCUUGGCGAAAACAUUUUGUCACAAUAAAUUAGAUGUCACUUGCCUCAAUAUCCUCUUUAUAUUAACUGGUUAUGAUGCUAAGGAAAUGAAUCAAACUAGAUUACAAGUUUACUUUGAACAUACACCGGCGGGAACGUCCAAUUGGGCGAUCGCUCAUUACUUGCAAAUGGUCACUUCGGGUAAAUUUUGUAAAAUGGAUUAUGGUAAACACGCUAAUCUGAUUAAAUAUGGCCAGCCUAUUCCCCCGGAAUAUCCUCUUGAAAUGAUCAAUUCUAAGGAUAUUAUUCUCAUGUCCGGAUUAAACGAUUGGUUAGCAGAUCAAGAAGAUAUUCAACUGUUGAAAAGUCGAUUAAAAGUUCCAAUUAAAGACGAUUACGUAGUCCCUCUUGAUCAUUGGAAUCACAUUGAUUUUGUUUGGGGCAAAGAUUUGGGACAAUUAGUCAAUUCACGAAUAGUUGACAUUCUCAAUCAAUAUUGGCCUUCAUAGAAUCACAGUGGCAACAAUUUAUUUUAAUCUCAAUAAAAUUCAUGAUAAAUUUUCUAAAGAAAAUCAAAACUUUAUGUUCUGUACAUGGAAUUUUUUUAAGAAAGGAAAGAAAGUUUUUACUCUUUGCUCACGAGUGAGUCCCGAAGUCUUUAUUGAUUAUUUAAUCAUUCACCUUUUCUGACAACUGUGAAAAUCAAUCAAUCAAAAAUUAACUCAAAAUUUGACCAGAACAAAAUUAGAUUAGUUGUUAAUUUCGACAAGAGAUGUCACUUGUUGAUCUAAAUUUAAA